AUGUUUAUUGUCGAAAGCGGCACUCCGUUACUUGGCAGAACGUGGAUCCGGCAGUUAAGAAUUAAUUUACUCGAUCUAGAUAAAACUCACAUUCCAGAAUCUAUGUGUUCAGAAUCGAUUUAUUGCCUAAAUACACACAAAGAUGUCGUAAUCAAAAUCCUGCAACAAUUCAAUGAUAUUUUCCAACCGGAAGUAGGAUGCAUCCCAAAUUUCACCUGCUCAUUGAAACUACGGGAAGAAGCAAAACCCGUGUUCUUAAAGGCUCUGGAUGAAGAAAGCAAGAUUAUCCAAACCAUAUCGAUCCACCGAGGUACCUAUAAAAUAAAUCGACUGUCUUUUGGAAUCAAAACAGCCUCCAGCGAAUUCCAUAGAAUCUUAGAUCAGAUUCUAAGUGAUCUCGACGGGAUAACUACCUAUUUCGACGAUAUCGUAAUUUCUUAUCUAGGAUACAUCAUAGAAGAAAACACAAUUUCGAAGUGCCCAAACAAAGUCAAAGCAAUUUUAGAAGCACCUAGACCUAAGAAUACUGAAAAUGUAAAAAAAUUUUUGGGAUUAAUUACGUACUAUUCCAGGUUUAUCCCAAAUGUGUCCACGACUACAUACCCGAUCCAGGAACUAUUACAGAAGGAAAAGAAAUUCUCUUGGUCAUCCAGCUGUGAGGUAGCAUCUAUCAAAUUAAAAGAAGAAAUUGCCAGUGACCGGGUAUUAAUGCCGUAUAAUCCAUCUCUCCCAGUUACAGUAGCAUAUGACGCUAGCCCAUCAGGAAUCGCGGGAGUACUGUCACACAUUGUGGAAGGCAUAGAAAAACCACCAGUUGGACAGGGAAACCCUUGCCAUUAUAUUUUCAAUCCAGAAAUUCUACCGGUAUACGGACGACCGUUCACACUAAUAUCGGACAAUCGUCCUUUAACCAGAAUUUUUCAACAUAACACAAAACUACCUGCGAUCACUUCCGCACGAUUACUGCGAUAUGCAACAUUUCUAAGCAACUUCAAUUAUAAAGUAGAGCAUCGUAAAGGUGAGGACCAUGGUAACGUCGAUUAUUUGUCGCGCGCAUCAUUAGAAUUCAAGUCAACUGCACAAGAUGAAGAAAUCAACAACCAGAUAAUCAAUCAAAUAGCCACUACAAUUAUCACUAGCAAAACCAUCGUAGAAGAAACCAUGAAAGACGAAGAAUUAUCACAGCUAAAAGAAAAUUUAUCAUCUGGAGAAACAUAUGAUCUAAUUUACAGCCUGCAUAAUGGUAUUAUCUUCCGAGGUCAUCGAAUUUUCAUUCCUACUUCUUUACGCCCAGAGAUCUUGAAAGAGCUGCACUACACUCACCUUGGCAUCUCAAAAAUGAAGAAGUUAGCUAGGCGAUAUUGUUACUGGCGAAACAUCGAUAAAGAUAUUGAAAAGCCUGUUCACAUAGAUUACGCCGGACCAUUUCAAGGACAUCAGUUCCUUGUUCUUGUUGACGCCAAAUCUAAAUGGCCGGAGAGAAAUGGCAUCUUUCAAAAAUUCACUGCUCCAGGACACCCAGCAACUAACGGGUUGGCAGAAAGGUACGUUCAAAUUCUCAAAAAGAAGUUGAAAGCAAUGGAAUUCGAUCCAAGUACAAUAACUUCAAAGGUAGAAAACAUUCUAUAUCGUUUCCGAACCACGCCAUUACACUGUGGUAAUAGUCCAUCGGAGAUUUAUCUAAACAGGCAAAUUCGAACAAGUCUAGAUUUAUUGCGCCCUCCGAGCACAAGCCCGACGUCCACUCAGGAAUGUCAUAUAAGACAAUUAAGCGUGGGAGACAGAGUACAGUCUCGAGCUUACAGUGGAACUCAACGAUGGAAACUCGGCGUAAUCACGAAAAAGUUAGGUCGACUACAUUAUUUGAUACAUUUGGACGAAGGAUACCUCAUCAAGAGACACAUUAAUCAGCUACGUCCGAGUGAAGCCCCCAAGGAAAAAUCUGAAAGGAAAUCAGUCCAUUUUGGUCCAGUAACCAGGAACUGGUAUCCAUUACUAGACAAUACACCAGAGCUCCAAUCAAGAGCUGAAGAACAGUCCCACCAGAUACGGACACCAGCGAAGGAUCCUGCUCCGGCAGCACAGAAUAUUCAGACACCAAUCGGAGAAAGUGCCAUAAGGGAAAGUCAGGGCCAGAAUCCACCACUCCGCAGAUCUGAGAGGCUCCGUAGACCUCCGACAUAUUUGAAUAAUUUUGUUCCCAAAUGA